AUGGAUGAAGGGUCGACAGUGUCGCUUAUUGAUGAAAAUGUAGCAAAAGAAGUCGGCGCUCAAGGCAACAGAGAGGAACUGGUCAUCGAGACAGUAGGAGCCAGGCAAAUCAAGAAGAAGGAUUUUCAGACGCUGGACCUUGUAGUUGUAGUGAAGGGGGUUCAUCAAGGAAGCAAGAAGAACUUGAAGAGAGUCCGAGAUAUCAACGAGCUGAAGCUUUCACCACAGUUCCUAGAGAAGAAAAGGAUAGAAUAA